AUGUCCGCAGCAGAUGCAGUGGGCCUGAAAGCUGGCAAGGACUACCCAGGUGUGGGUGUCGGCGCCUUCGUGUUUGACGACCGUGGCAGAGUUCUGCUUGUCAAACGAAGUUCGACCUCUCGCGUGGCCCCUGGCACCUGGGCAAGGCCGGGUGGUGCAGUCGAGCACGGGGAGUCCUGCGAAGCGGCCCUCAUUCGCGAGCUUCGGGAAGAGACGGGCCUGGACAUUGUCGAACCGCAGCUCCUUGAUGUCAGCUCCCAGAUCUCUUCGUCGAGUCACUGGGUCUCCAUAGGAUACAUUGCGCAGCUGGCGCCCGGCUGCGCUGCCGAAUCGGCCGUAAAUCGCGAACCUGCGAAACACGAUGAGUUGGGAUUCUUCGACCUGGAGGAUCUGCCCACCCCUCUGGCCGACUUUACGGCCCCUGCGCUGGAGUCGCUGCGGGCAAAGCGUCGGCAUCCAGCGGCAGCAGCUGCCACGACUUUGGGCCCUCAGGUGCUGGACGAGCCAUCGCCGGCAAUCCUUCGAAUAGCGGGAGCGUUGGUGCGGCUUUGGCACUCACGACCGGACCUGGACUUCGUGGUGAAGCUGGAGGAUGCAGUCACGCUUCCUCUCGUUCCAUUUUUCGACAAGGUUGUGGAGCACGCUGACGAGUCGCUGCUGUCGGGGCCUCGAUGGGCUGGAUCGUUGAGGAUUUUCCAGUGUCUGUGCGCAGUAGCACUGCUGACGAGGCUUGCGAAACCUGCCCCGUCCCUGCGGCCGCCGAGCGGUUUUGCCAGGAGAUGA